CGCGGUUACUUCGGCCCGUCAAGGUCGUUGUUGGUUUACACCUAGACUGACCUGUUCAUUUGAGUAGCUGGCCUUUCCAGCUGUUUUUUUGAUAUCUUAUCUGUUAAAAUAUUUGUGGGAUUCUCUUGAAACUGUUCCGAGCUUCGUCCCGAAGGAAAGUGUGAAGUUAUUUAGUUGCCAAAGGUUUCUAGUCGAAGUACUGUUGACCUGACACUUAACAUAUCGUGUCUACCAAGGCAAUAUCUGACACACCAUGAGUCAUCUAGAGUGUAAGUAUCAUCCAUAUGCAGUCCUUAUUGAAGAUUCUCAUGCUGGGGAUAUGGUUUGCUCGAUGUGUGGAUUGGUUGUUGCUGAUAGAGUAAUUGACGUCGGGUCUGAAUGGCGCACGUUUUCUAAUGAUGCCAAUGCCAAAGAUAUGUGUCGAGUAGGAGCUAGUGAAAACUUCUUGUUAGAUGGGGGUGAUCUUUCAACUAUGAUCAGUGGUCCAUCACCUUCUGACUCGCGACAACUUGAUGAGCAUGGGAAGCCAAUGUACCGAAACCGUCGCAAUAUAUCUGCGCCUGAUAGGGUACUUUUGAGUGCGUUCAGAGAAAUCAGUCAAAUGGGCGAACAUCUAAAUCUCCCCAAAAGCAUAUCAGACCAUGCUAACUUGCUGUUCAAACAAGUCCAUGAGACUAAAAAUCUUCGAGGUCGCAGUAAUGAUGCUGUCUCAACCGCUUGUCUCUACAUGGCCUGUCGUCAAGAGGGUGUCCCUCGGACUUUCAAAGAAGUAUGCGCUGUGUCACGAGUUUCAAAGAAAGAAAUAGGAAAAGUUUUUAAAAAGAUUCUAAAAAUACUUGAGACAAAUGUACAAUCGGUUACAGUUGAAGACUUCAUGUCUAGAUUCUGUGGUAAUCUCAAUUUGAACAUUACUGUUCAAAGAGUUGCAAAUGUGGUUGCUAGAAGAGCUCUUAACUUAAAUUUAGUUGCUGGUCGUAGCCCAGUUUCGGUGGCAGCCGCAGCCAUUUACAUGGCAGCUUAUGCAUUAGGUUAUCGUAAAGAAAAACGAGAAAUUGGUGAUGUGGCGGGAUGCGCUGAGGCUACUAUCACAUGUACUUAUCGUGCAAUGCACUCAAGAGCCAGUGAACUAUUUCCUGAAGAUGUUAGACUUGCCAUAAGACCAGAUGAAUUACCACUGUGAUUUCAUUUAUUUUUCUUGUAUACAAAAGUUCAUUUUGUUUCAAAGUUGAUCAGUUUCUGUACAAAGUUAUGAUACCGUAAAUGCAAAAUACCAAAGUCA